AUGGGGGCGUCCAUUAAUCACGUAUUCCGCACACGGACACCGAGCGAGGCAAUAAACCUGGUGUCCCGGUUAUUGGAAUACACUCCUGGUGCUCGCAUAUCACCGCUGCAGGCGUGCGCGCAUCCGUUCUUCGCGGAACUCAGAGAAACGACAACGCGCCUGCCGAACGGCAGGGAGCUGCCGCUAUUGUUCAACUUCACUGAACAAGAACUGUCCAUACAACCCAGCCUGAACUCCGCCCUAUUACCUCGCACGUCCGCGGGCCCCACCGGUGGUUCCACCACUGUCUCCUCCACGGCGGAUUCGUCAACGGCAGCAGGGAGCGGAGCAGGAGCCGCCGGAGUCACGUCAUCUACCGCCGCCGUCGGCACGGCUGAUGCCACAGUCACUCCCGCCGCCACCGGUGCCACCAGCAGCGCCGCCGACCUGGCGGUGUCCGCCAGCAGCCGCCAGCAUGACGUGACCGCCGCGGCCACCGCCACCGGCUCGGGGAUGACUUAGGGAAUAGAGGGUAGGAAGGAAAUACAGUGAGCGGGAUGAGAAUCAAGUAGUAAAAUAGAUAUACAAGACGCGAUGUGUAAUAGAUAUAUAAAUGAAAAUAUAACAAACAAAACAAAUACACGUACAUACAUAUAUUAUAUAUAUUUAUGCAAAUUAUUUUAUAGUUGUUUGUACAUUUUUAGUUUUUUAGUACACUAUAUACAUGCUCAUUAUUAAUACAAAUUUGUCUCUGAGUUGUUGAUAUUUUGUUCUUGCAAGUAAGAUUUUAAAGUAGUGCAUUUAAGCUUAAGAGAACCUUCAAAUUUUUCUUCAAAGUUUUCACACAAAAUGCUGCCACUAAAAAGAAUUAACUAUUUACUAUGAAUUCUUUUCAACUUCUAGAGAAAGUACUUACUUUAAGUAAUGAAUGAUAUCUUUAGCAUGACCACCUUCGAAUGAUCAUGUUCAAUAUAAUAAUUUUUCUCGGAAUAAAGAGUCAUAAAAAUGGCUCAUAAUGAUUUAUUCAUUAUGCAUAGGUACAUAUAUACAUGUGUAUAUAUAUAU